AUGGCUUCCGUGCUCGUACACCCAACGACAGUCGGAUGGCACCCCGCGUUGCACGGCUGGCAUUUGCUCCGGGACCACUUUUGGGGAAAGCCGACUGCGAGUACGAUCGUCGACCAUGUCUUGAACUUCCCUACCUCUGCCCCGUUCACUCACAUCUACCUCGGACGUACGAGGGGAAGUAUAUUCGUGCGCCAGGAGUAUGUUGAUGUGUAUGAACGACUCGUUAGCGCCGAGGCGCUUCCUUUCAAGUCGGGCCGUGUAUUGACGGGCUCUCCAGGAAUAGGCAAAUCGACCUUUCUGAUAUACGCCCUUGCACGUCGCCUGGCAGAACGACAAGCUACCUUCUACUAUGGAGGCGAACAUUCGGUUCUCCUCUUCUGUGACAAAGGCGUAUAUCAAAGAUCGACGGCCGAUCCCGACCUUGCAGAACAUGUCUACCCGCUAUUCGAUCCUGAUUCCACUCGCCGUCCAUGGUCGCUCAUAGACGCAGGCCCAGUAGGGCAGGAACCAGCAACCGCGCUGACCACAACCGAUGUAGUUUUCCCUGUGCACGCGGUCGAGCCGGACGAGAAUCGGUUCAAGUCCUGGAAGAAGAGGUCUAUAUCUCCGCUGUGGGUUAUGCAGCCUUGGGAGGACGGGGAGCUGGUUAAGGGGUUGGCGUUGCAUGGCGUUGAGUGUGUAGGUGCGGGCCCAGGAGAGCGCCUCGUAGCCGACUCUCGGUGGGACACCGUCGGCCCGUGCAUACGCGACUUUGUAGCCUUCGUCGUGGACCCAGCGACAUUCCGCUCGAGCAUCGAAGACGCCGCCAACCAGCUCUACACGCCCCAAGACCUCUUCAGGGCCGUAGCCAACACCUCAUACUCAUCCUCAUCCAGCCCCAUCUCGGAUGCCCUCUUCGUUCUCUCCCGAUCCCAGACCGGCGGGGCGCCGGGCACGGAUUUGGGGGUCGUGGACUUCAAGUCGGGGUUGGCGAUGCGGUGCUUGACGAAGAGGUUCCCGGGGCUGGGGCGAGACGAGGCGAGGAUCUUAUCCCAGAUUGCGGCUUCGCGAGGCGGUACUGCCCUCGCAGGGUGGAUCUUCGAAAGAGUGGCUGUCUACUUUUUGAGUGGGAAUGGGACGCUGCUUGAUGGACCCUCGGCUCUCAAGGGGUUCCACUUGAUGUGCCGACGGCCUGGGUGCGGUGAUGAGCACGAGACCGCUGGUGCUGGGGCCGAGUACGUGUAUGCGCCUUCGGACGAUGUUUUGGAGGAACUGCGCGUGGAGACUGGGUCCGUCCGCCUCGUAUCCUCGCCAAGGAGCUUCGGGGAACGUUCCACUGCGCCCAUACCCAGCCCCACGCCGCCUCGCACGAGCCUGCCCGUCCAACGGCGGUCGAUCGUCCUCUAUGACUCUAUCGACGCUCUCGACGUCCUAGACCCGACGAUGUUCUAUGUCGCGUGCGGCGAGGAGCACUCCCCGCUCUUCGAUGCUUUUUUCCUCGAUCUGUUGGCGGACUCGGACGACACCAACUCAUAUGUGAUGUGGCUCCUCCAGAUGACGGGUGCAGGGCGCCGUGGCAGUUUGGACACGGACAAUGGGUACGCGGACGUUCGUGCGCUUCUUGGAAAGGCGGGCGUGAAAGAGGUCAAGUACGUCCUUGUCGUUCCUCGUGGGUCAGCGAAGGAGGUGAAGAAGAGGUCGGCUUCGUGGACUAUGCCGGAUGGGUGGGAGGGCGUUGGCGUGGAUGUUCAGGGUGAGGUGUAUGUGCAGUUUCUGGAUGUUGAUGUGCAGAUUGUGUAG